CAUGCGCUCGUCGAUCCAUUCUUGUCCUGCAGGCAGCAUUCCGGGUGGAGAGAGUGAGAGAAAGAGCCAUACGCCGGAGAUUUGAAGCCGUAUUCUGUGUUUUUAUCGCAACUGAGACGAGUUGUGAGUCUGAAGCAGCUGCCGCGUCCCAGCAGGAUAUGGGCUCUUCAGAACAUGACAUGGAUUUCUAAGCUCAUCCUCUUCAUCCAUCUCCAUUUACUGCUGUACCUCCUCCUCGACUAAACCACCUCUUCCAGCCCAGCUAAAGCGGUUUGGCUCUGACUCCUAAGAAGAGGGGGAGAAAAAAAACCUAAGUGGGAGGGUGUAGUAAACUUCCCCCAGCUGCUGUGCAGACACACACAUGCUGCAUUACUGCCAUUCCCCAAGCCCUGCUCCAUCCAUCCAAAGGGCACGGCCACUAGCUUGCUAGCCAGCUAGCACUUGGCACAAAAACAAGGCCUGUCCUUGGGUAUAAAAGAAAUACAAGCUGACUGUGUACACUUGCCCCUUUUUCUUUUUCCUCCCUCUUCUGGGUCAACCAGUCCCAUACACACCAACUGAGACUCCUUUUGUUUAACUGUCAUUCCCACUGCUGUGAGCAGUGGAAGAUUGCUCGUAUAUAGUCACUCAUUCAGAGAGGCAGACUGAAGAGGCUGGGGAGAGGUGUUUACCAGAGGUCUGGAUGAUGGAGCCCAGCAUGGAGAACUGCCUGGCUCAAGUCCUGCAGAAGGACAUGGGCCGACGACUGCAGGUGGGACAGGAAAUCAUCGAUUACAUUUUGGACAAGGAGAAGUCUCAUGACUUGGAGCAGGAUCAAACAGCGCUGGACAAGAUGGUUGAUGGCAUUGCCAGCUCCUGGGUCAACUCCAGCAACUUUAAGGUGGCUCUGCUUGGCUUGGACCUCUUAUCUGCCUUAGUGACAAGGUUACAGGAGCGAUUCAGGGCCCACAUUGGGACAGUUCUGCCCAGCCUUAUUGAUCGAUUGGGAGAUUCCAAAGACCAAGUGAGAGACCAAGACCAAACAGUGUUGUUGAAGAUCAUGGAGCAGGCCGCCAGCCCACAGUAUGUAUGGGACCGAAUGCUGGGAGGCUUCAAACAUAAGAACAACAGGACCAGAGAAGGAGUGUGCCUUUGCCUCAUCGCCACACUGAGCACAUAUGGAGCACAAGGCCUGACCCUCAGCAAAAUUGUUCCACACAUAUGUAACCUCUUGGGGGACCCCACAAGUCAGGUGCGUGAUGGAGCAAUGAGUUGCUUGGUGGAAAUCUACAGACAUGUGGGUGAGAGGGUGAGGAUGGAUCUCAGCAAAAAAGGCCUGCCACAGUCACGGUUGAAUGUAAUCUUCAGCAAAUUUGAUGAAGUCCAAAGAUCUGGAAACAUGACCUCAUCUGCUGGCUCAGAUAAGAACUUUGAGGAUGAAGACUCUGUGGAUGGAGGCAGGUCCUCCUCCUCAUCGUCCUCAAAAGCACCCCCCAGUGGCAGGAGGACUGUAAUGAGCUCCGUCAGAAGACCAAGCUCAGCCACAGCAGCUAAGGCCUCAGGUAAAGAGGCAGCAGCUGGUGCUGUUGAUGAAGAGGAUUUUAUGAAAGCCUUUGAAGAUGUGCCCUCUGUCCAGAUCUACUCUAACAGAGAAUUUGAGGACCAGCUGACCAAGGUCAGAGAAGUACUGUCUGAUGACAAACAUGACUGGGAGCAUCGAGUGACGGCUCUAAAGAAGGUGCGUUCACUCAUGUUGGCCCGGACGACUGAGUAUGAGGGCUUCACACAGCAGCUGCGUCUCUUAGAGGCUCCUCUUAAGCUGUCGGCAAAAGACCUGCGCUCUCAGGUGGUCCGUGAGGCCUGCAUCACACUGGGACAUUUAUCAUCAAUUCUGGGUAACAAAUUUGACCAUGGAGCAGAGAGCAUCAUGCCCACACUGCUAAACCUCGUGCCCAAUAGUGCCAAAGUCAUGGCCACAUCCGGGGUGGCCACCAUCCGCCUCAUCCUAAAGCACACACAUUACCCACGUCUCAUUCCCAUCAUAACCAGUAAUUGCACCUCCAAAUCAGUCUCAGUAAGACGGCGCUGUUAUGAGUUCUUAGACCUCAUGUUACGAGAGUGGCACACUAAUACACUGGAAAGACAUGUGGCUGUUCUGACUGAGACCAUCAGGAAAGGUAUACAUGACGCUGACUCCGAAGCCAGAUCUAUUGCUAGAAAAUGCUACUGGAGUUUCCAUGGUCAUUACAGCCGCGAGGCAGAGCAUCUGUUCCAGACACUAGAGUCCACCUAUCAGAAGGCCCUCCAGUCUCACCUGAAGAGUUCAGACAGCAUUGUGUCUCUACCCCAAUCUGACCGCUCCUCCUCGUCUUCCCAAGAGAGUCUUAACCGACCAUUGUCUGUGAAGAGUGUCAUUGGAGGAAGCAUAACAAGAAGUAAGCUGGUGAGCACCAGGGUUUCAACUUCAUCAGGUUCCCUGCAGCGUUCUCGUAGCGACAUCGACGUAAACGCCGCCUCUAGUGCCAAGUCACGUCUGUCCACCGUCCCCGCCUCCUCCUCACCGUUCAGCUCUGCAGCUGCCCUCCCCCCAGGCUCCUACGCCUCAUUAGAUGGCACUCCUGGUAAAAGUGAUGGUCGUGUUCGCACCAGGAGACAAAGCUCCGGUAGUGUGGGUGGAGCCAGUCCAUCUGUGGUGGACAGCAGGGGGCGCAGUCGAGCCAAAGUAGUUUCCCAGUCCCAGCGAUCCAGAUCAGCCAAUCCCAUCAGUGCUGGCAGUCGCUCCAGCUCUCCCGGCAAACUGCUGAGCCACAGCAGCUAUGGUCGAAUCCCUCGAGCCACGGUGUCGGCCUCCACAACGCCAGCUGACAAGCGCAGCAGGAUUCCCCGCAGCCAAGGCUGCAGCCGAGAAACAAGCCCCAGCAGAAUGGGUCUCGCCAGCCUGUGUGGUAAAGCUCUUCUUCCCGCUGCUCUUCCCUACCGCACGCUAGCCCGGAGCCGCAUUCCCCGCCCCAGCAUGAGUCAGGGUUGCAGUCGCGACACCAGUCGUGAGAGCAGCCGCGACACCAGCCCAGCUCGGGGCUUUGCUCCCCUGGCCUCCCGACGUCACUCCCGUUCAACCAGUGCUCUCUCCACAGCCGAAUCACAUGGCCAGUCAGACCGGUAUGGUUUGAUUCAUCAAGCAAGAAUCUCAGCAUCAGUCAAUGCCAUGAGGAUCUUAAAUACUGGUACUGAGGUGGAGGCAGCUGUUGCAGAUGCUCUGCUGUUAGGAGACUCCAGGAAUAAGCGAAAGCCGUUGAGACGGAGGUACGAAUCACCAGGGAUGUACUCCGAUGAUGAUGCCAACAGUGACGCGUCAAGUGCUUGUUCCGAGCGCUCGUACAGUUCACGAAACGGAGGCAUUCCACAUUAUCUGCGCCAAACGGAAGAUGUGGCAGAGGUCCUCAACCACUGCGCCAGCUCCAACUGGUCUGAGAGGAAGGAGGGCCUGCUGGGUCUGCAGAACCUCCUCAAGAGCCAAAGAAUACUGAGCCGAGUGGAGCUGAAGAGACUCUGUGAGAUCUUCACCAGAAUGUUUGCAGAUCCACAUAGCAAGAGAGUGUUCAGUAUGUUCCUGGAGACACUUGUGGACUUCGUCACAGUUCACAGGGAGGACUUGCAGGACUGGCUGUUUGUCCUGCUCACUCAGCUGCUGAAGAAAAUGGGGGCAGAUCUGCUUGGCUCUGUCCAGGCCAAAGUCCAAAAGGCUCUGGAUAUCACAAGAGAGUCAUUUCCAUUUGACCAACAGUUCAACAUUCUGAUGAGGUUCAUUGUAGAUCAGACUCAGACACCAAACCUCAAGGUGAAGGUGGCCAUUUUGAAGUACAUUGAGUCCCUCGCACGCCAGAUGGACCCAACAGACUUCGUCAACUCCAGUGAGACACGUUUGGCUGUGUCCCGCAUCAUCACCUGGACCACUGAACCCAAAAGCUCUGAUGUCAGGAAGACCCUUCAUAGCUGGGUGAGCGAGGAACUAGCUGGCAGGUCCAGUACAGCAGCCUUACUGUCCACUGAGGGUAACCAGGAAGAAAGGUGUAAGCAGGCUGCUCAGGUGGUGCUGAUAUCCUUGUUUGAGCUCAACACCCCAGAGUUUACCAUGCUGCUGGGAGCACUGCCUAAAACCUUCCAGGAUGGAGCCACCAAGCUUUUACACAACCAUCUGAAGAACUCCAGCAAUACCAGCAGUAGUGUGGGGUCUCCAAGCAACACCAUCGGACGGACACCACAGCGCCACACUCCCAGCAGAACCAGCCCCCUAACCUCUCCAACAAACUGCUCCCAUGGAGGACUUUCUCCAAGUAUGAUGGAGUAUGAUACGGAGAACAUGAACUCUGAAGAGAUCUACAGCUCGCUCCGUGGUGUCACUGAGGCCAUCCAGAGCUUCAGCUAUCGUAGCCAGGAGGACCUGAAUGAACCAAUCAGACGGGAGGGCAAGAGGGAUGAUGCAGCUGGGAGAGAAGGAGUGGCAUCAUCCCCUGGCUCUGAUGCUCGUUUAGGCUUGGAAAUGGUGGAAGGAGGACGCACUGCCUUGGACAACAAAACGUCUCUACUCAACACACCAUCGCCACGCUCUUUCUCUGGGCCCCGUGGCCGUGAGUUUGCCCUUUAUGGCUAUGGAGAUACCAUCUGUACAUAUGACAAGAGCGCACUGAAGGAGGCUGUCUUUGACGAUGAUGUGGAGCAGUUUCGCGACUGCCGACGUCAGGAAAGUGGUGAAAACAAGAUGAUGCUCCCCAAGGUCUUAGCUCCUGUUGGUCAAGACCAUUCAGACCUUGUCGCCGACCUGCUGAAAGAGCUGUCGAAUCACAAUGAACGCUCUGAGGAGCGUAAAGGUGCCCUAGUGGAGCUGCUGAAGAUUACACGGGAAGACAGCCUGGCUGUGUGGGAUGAACAUUUUAAAACUAUCCUCCUGCUCCUGCUGGAGACGCUCAGCGAUAAAGACUACACCAUCCGAGCCCUGGCCUUGCGUGUGCUCAAAGAAAUUCUAAGGAACCAGCCGGCCCGCUUCAAAAACUAUGCUGAGCUGACCAUCAUGAAGACUCUAGAGUCUCACAAAGACUCUCACAAGGAGGUGGUGAGAGCAGCUGAGGAGGCCGCAGCCACCUUGGCUGGCUCCAUCCACCCAGAGCAGUGCAUCAAAGUGCUGUGCCCUAUUGUGCAGACAGCUGACUACCCCAUCAACCUGGCUGCCAUCAAGAUGCAAACCAAGGUCAUUGAACGCAUCACCAAGGACUCACUAGUGCAGCUGCUGCCUGAUAUCAUUCCUGGACUCCUACAGGGAUAUGACAACACAGAGAGCAGCGUUCGCAAGGCCAGCGUGUUCUGUCUGGUGGCGAUCUACUCUGUGAUUGGCGAGGAGCUCAAACCCCAUCUGGUUCAACUCACGGGCAGCAAGAUGAAAUUAUUAAACUUGUACAUCAAACGAGCCCAGACGACCAACAGCAAUAGCAGCAGUUCUUCAGACGUCUCCUCUCAUAGCUAAUGGAAGGAGGUUUCUUGUGGAAACCAUGUGAAUGGAUGGCACUCUAGGAUUUUCGGGACCUAGAUGUGCUUCUCUGGGACAUCUUCGUCUCUUAGCUCCCCCACCACCUCCUCUUCACCAUCGUCAUGAUGCUCAUGCUCCACUACGCUUUCCAUCUUUUUCAAGGGGCUUACAUUCACCUAUUAAUCAUUUAGUCCCCGCCGCCACCGCUCUAUGAAAUUGUGAAUGUAACUCUGGGUUGGUUUUAAAAACCAUCACAUUUAGGUUUCAUGGAUAUGGGAAGUGCACUUUGGUUUCCUUGACCUCUACACUGCCUUCAGUCAAUGAAAUCCUCUUUUUGUUGUUGAGCCCUCCAAUCUGAUUCAUACAUGGAUUAUUCACAGCUUCUGUCACACAAGCUCCAGUUUGGGAUGAAGUGUCAUUUGGCUGGACCAAUGAUGGUUGUAAACCCAUUGGCUUUGGGAAGAAUUCUUCUUUGGGAUCACAGAAAUUAAAUAUGUUGGGGGGUAAAUACAUAGAUGUGCAAGGGAACAAUGGGACAUAAAAAAGAAAGUUCUGUACAGGUAUAUUAAGUUAAUGUUUUCAGUCUAUUGAUUAUGAUCAGGGUUUGAUAGAAGCCUGUGCUUCAGCUGUAGUGUUGUUUGUGUUUAUUCCUUUAUUUAAUUAAGACAGGCUUCUUAAUUUAAAUCCCCCUUCCAUGAAAUUGAUACUCAACAAGGUACCACAUUGCAGAAAUAAUACUGAAGUGACAAUCCUUGAAAUGCUGUGCACUGUGCUUACUUUGAGGUGCAGAACAUGAAAUUGUGCACAUCUAAAAAUGGCUGAAUCGGUCAUAACAAUUCACAAUCAGCAGGCAAAGUUGGGGUUCAUGAAGAGGAAAAGCUGGUUUGCCUGUAUUUUCUCACUGAACUCUGCAUUAAAAAAACAUUUUCACAAACGGAAGACGUCAUGUGCCGCUCAGUACGAAGUACGCAGAGGGACGCUCGUGUUAAGAGGACGCUCUUUGUAAAUAAAUACUCCACAUGUUUUCUCUGUUUGGAGUCGGUGAAGCAAGACUGUGAGAGAUAUCCCCCAGGCCUUAUUCAUUUUACACACUCUGUUUGUUGACUGCAGACAGUGAAUGGGAUGUACAGCACUGUAGGUUGUUGCUCUUAACAAAAUGUGAAUCUGCAGGAAAACAGGCGCUGGCGGUGUUUUUGCUGAUGAAGCAGAUCCAGUAUUAGUCUCCACUUCUCUCAUUCAAUGUCACGUCAUGUAGCUGCAGCUUCUUCAAGAACCAGAACAACACAAGUCAAGGUAUUUUGUACAUACACGUUUUAACCACUGCUUCGCAGAGUCAUGAAAAGAGUGGACAGGUGACCUUUAACCUUUGUGCAUGUCAGCAAACUAACUUGCAUGUAAUCUGCAGCACUUUUUGUCACCAUUGUGCUGUUUUGCAGGGCCCAGGUUGUUGUCGUCGUCGGCAGUUAAGUGCCCUUGCACUUGCAACAUCAUCAGAUUACUCAUCUCCAAAGGAAUGUCUCAGAGAGGGAAGAUGUAUUUAUCAUAUUAAAAAGGUACACAGUAGAGCAACAAUGAUUUGAUUUUUAAACUACACCUAUGUGGUGUGAAUUUAAGUACAUUAAGUUCUCAGACAUUAGACAGUCUCUGAUUGUAAUGAGAUUACAUUGAUCCCUGAAUGGGACGACUUCCUCCUUAUUACUGGAUAUGAUUUGGUACAGUUGGUCUACUGUAAGAAAGGAUCAGACUGGUAUUGUUUAUUUUUUAUUAUCUCGUUUGAUAACUUCUGGCAAAUCAAUAAUAUAAUUCAAAUUAUUAUUAUUAUUAUAAUAAUCACAAUGAUUAGGAAAUAUUAAUGAUUUUCUUUGGACAUGCUCAGUCUUUGGAUGUUUGAUGCUUAUUGUCGACCUGCUGUCAGUGAUGGAUUCCUUUCGCUAACUUCCUGUCUGUUGCUGCUGUUAGCAUUCCCUUUCUGCUCCCCGUGUUUUCGGGACGUGUAUUCACUGUCAAACAGCCUAAUGCUACAUCUAGCGAUGCACCGAUACCACUUCAAUCUAACUGAGUACAAUUACUUAGAUGUGAGUAUGCCAGUGCCAUUACAGCAACAAAAAAAAUUGAAGCUACAUUUUAUUCGUCUCACUUUGGGAAAAAAAUACAAAAUUAGAUACUAUUGCUGCUGUUAAGAUGUAUUGGAAGAGUGAGGAACAUUCCUUUAUUUUUGCUGUAAAACAUUUGGGUUUGACAUGAAAAGAUGCUUUUAUUUCCAGCUAUUUACAUUUAGAUUACACUUAGACACUCAGAUACAACUUAGAAGAUAGCCUCGUUUGUGUUGGAACGCCACAUUUGUAGGUGAACAAAAGAAUAGUAACGGAUUACCUUAAAUUACAUUGUAAUGAAUAAUAUUUAAUAUUUUGUGGCAAAUCUAUUGCUGUGCGUUGUGUUAAAUCUUUAGAUGUUUUAUUGAAUGAAUGUGUUGAAGGAGCUACUUUUCUCCUCCGCUUGACAGUCUAGCAGAGCACAGUUUGCAAUCUAUUCUACGUUUGUCAUCAUUGUGAUACAUUUGUUUAUUGCCGCACACCUGCUCAGCUCACUUAAAGUUACAUAAAGUGAUAUCGGGUGCAACGGUAUCAGAGUAAUUUUAUAAAUACAAGUAUACAAAUGCAGCAUUACACCCAAUGCUGGUAUCUAUGUCUGUGCAUCCCUAGUUGCAUACAAACUCUUUUUUUAUUGCUUUUGAAAAAAGAUGAAACAGUAGAGACAAAAAUAAUACAAAGAUCACAAAAAGCAUCAUGGCAACUCCUCACCCUGUCUGUAGGUGUCCAUAAAUACUAACAAUUGCAGCAUAAAUUUCACAUAAUUUAACAGAGAAUAAAAAUAAUAUUUACCACAGUUGCCUAAUUUUAUUUGGCAAUAUUUGCUUAAGCACCUUGCAUUCCCAACAAUGAAAUAGAUUACAUUUACUGCUGCCUCCAUUUUAUUCUGUAAUGAAAAAAUGGAGACGUGACUAUCAGCUGUGAACAUAAAGCUUUUGUCCAUUCUGAAACUGAGCAACAGAGCUCCAGCUUCCUGUGUACCUGAACACUCACAUGAUUAUUUUUAAAUUACUGACAGCAGCUUUAAAUAAAGUCAUCUUUUCAGUCAGAGAAUUCUCUGAGAAUGGGUCACUUAUGCUUAUCUAAGUAAAGUAAUGUACAUAAUUUGCAUCACAACAUCCUUUGUGCUUACUGGUACUGAAAAAAAACCGUCAACAACAUGCCUCUCUGCCUGACUUUCACCUCAACUCAUUCAACAGUUUCAGAACACUCAUUAGCGCACUCUUGUUUUUACUCCAGUAUCACGCAGCUGUUGCUGCAAACACAUCACAUGGUAUUUCCUUGGAAAGUGUUCACUAUGCAUGUUCUGCAGUACACAUUUUACUUUUUUGUUCCCCCAAUCCCACAUGUAAUAUUCCUACCUGUAUUUAUGUGUUUUAUCUUGUUUUAUUUUAUUCCCUCAUGAUACACUGUACAGUAUUUCUUGUUUUGUUAAAUUUCACCUGUGAUAGAUUUGCAACAAUAUAAAGAAACUUUUUUGCCCUAGAAAUAAACAAACUCGGAGUUCA